UCAAUUUCUUCCUCUCCUCUCUCUCUCUCUCUCUCUCUCUCUCUCUCUCUCUCUCUCUAUACGUAUAAUUCAGAUAUGGAGGUGGAAGUAAUGGUACCUGGGCCGCCCGCCGCCGUGGACUUUAACUUCGACAGUACAUGCUCCUCCCCUUACAUGACUGCUCCUUCUAGUCCUCAGAGAUUCGGCAAUUACUUCUUCAGUGCACCUACCAGCCCCUCCGCCCGCGCACCUUCCAAUUUGUACUGUAAUUUCCCCGAACAAUCUGGAAUCUACAAAGCAAAAGAAGAAGAAGGUAAAUUAUUAACCGAUGAUGAUCAAGAUUUCGAGUUCAAUUUCAGUGGACCGUUGCAUGUACCUUCAAUAUCCGCAGCUGAUGAACUCUUCGACGGCGGUAAGAUCCGACCUCUCAGACCACACUCAUUUGCAGCCAAUUCGACUCGAAAAACAGAGGACGCACUCUCAGAGGAAAAUACACAAACACGUGGAAGACAACGAAGCUCUGGCUCUUCGUCUUCUUCUACACCGUCAAAUUCAAGUUACUCGCGGAGGGAGAGCAGAUCUCUUCCUCCACUUAGGGUUUCCGAUGUGUUAAUCGAACAGGAGGAGAUAACAGAGAACACUAAAGCGGUUAUAUCCAAAACAAGCAAUUCGAAAUCGUACGCAUCAGCAAUUUUGUCGGCGAUUUCCUUCUCAAAAGGUUACAAGAAGUGGAAAUUGAAGGAUCUUCUAUUCCGAAGCGCGUCGGAGGGGAGAGAGCCACUGACGAAAUACUCUGUUCUGAACAGAAGAGAACCAGAGACCGCAGAUGCGAAGAAUGCGAGCUUCCGGUCCACGGAAGGUAGUGUUGGUUCGGUUUCGAGAAGGAGGGGACCACCGGUUUCGGCUCACGAGCUGCAUUACACGACGAACCGGGCGGUCUCGGAGGAGUUGAAGAGGAAGACGUAUUUGCCGUACAAUCGUGGGUUGUUGGGUUGCUUGGGGUUCAAUCCGGCGGGCAUGCAUGACAUUUCCAGAGGGGUUGGAUCCUUGACACGUGGAUGAUCCAGAUCCCUCUCAAGGAGUUUUUUUUUUUUUUUUGAAUUUACAAACGUAUAUAAUACGUUAGUUUUUGUUAGCUAGAUUUUUAUAAAUUAAUGGGGUCAGUAUCAAUGACAGGGAUUUAAUUGCAUGAAAUUGAAGUCAAAAUAAUGAAUGAAAAAAAGGACAUACACUGGAUCACAAAUUGGAAAAAAUGUAAUGUCUGGCAGGGUGCUAUUUUUGUUUGCAUAUCAUAUGUAUCUAGUAAAUGACUAUUAUUGGUUUGUGAUGGAAUGUGAUAAGAACAUUGAAUUAA